AUGCAGCUGCUGUUGAGGAUCCCUUCAGUUCCAGAGCGGGGCGAGCUGGACUGCAGCAUCUGCUGCCGGCCCUACAACUUGCAAGGCCGGGCGCCACGCCGCCUGCCCGGGACGGCGCGACAGCGCUGCGGCCACACGCUCUGCACCGCCUGCCUGCGGGAGCUGGCGGCCCGGGGCGAUGGCAGCUGGGCCGCCGCCGCCCGGCUCGUGGGCCUGCGCCGGGGGGUCGCUUGCCCCUUCUGCCGCGCACCCUCACUGCUGCCGCGCGGCGGCGUCACGCAGGUGCCCCUGGACGCGGACUUGUGGUCUCUCCUGAAGGAGAAGGAGCACGAAGACGCCGGGAACUCGGGGGAACAGCGCGGCGACGCUUCCGAAACCGCGAGCCAAGACGGAGACGAGCCGGGGGCGGGGCCCUGGGGCUCGGCGUGGCAAACGCUGCUCGGGCUCUGGGACAAAGCUGUGGGCCGGCGUCGGCGCCCGUUACCUAGCAACGUGCUCUACUGCUGUCCAGAGAGCAAGACCCUUGCAGCCUGCUACAUGCUGUAACUGAAGAUUACCUGGGUUGUAACCACGAAGGUGGAAAUAGCAGCUGUCCACCAGUAAGAGUGGACUAGGGCCAGUGUUCCUUCCUGCCAGAUCCAAGGAUUGGGGAUGGGCUCUGGCCUCAAUCCUCCUCCAUUAUUCCAGGACACACUGGACUGGGAGCUGACCCUAACAGCCUAGAGUCUGCAUUUGUGAUAGGACAGAUCUGUGAUGGUUCCUUUGGCCUCUCUGCUGAAGCAACUGCCAUGUUUAGCGUUUCUGUGAAAUGGUUUGAGAUGGAAAAGAAUUAAUGGCACAACGGGAAAAGCCUACCUUUAAUUCCAAGUGAAUGAAUUCCAUAUCCCUUGCAUGAAGAGAGCCAAGGAAGUCAAGUACCUGCUCUUGGUGUCAUCACUUCUUCCUCUUCAACCUCUAAUUGUACUUUGUAUGGACCUUUCUCUUUGCACUUACUCAUUUGUGUAUAUUUCUUACUUCUCCCUCCCAAACUAUAAGCCUGUCAAGGAUAGAAAACCAUUUUAUCCACAUCCCCAGUUCCUAAUAAACAUAUUACAUUUAAUAGAA